AUGACCAUCAGCCGCGUAGGACUCUACCAGGUAGAUGUACAACAAAUGGCUGCUGCCAGUGUAAGGGAAGUCGUGGGUGCUCGCGUAGGUAUUCAUAUUUCUCCAUCAUGGAUGAUGAUGAUGAUCGAGAAACUACUUGUGGCCUAUGUCAUCGUAGGUAUUCAAGGCCAAGAGUUUUGUCGUGCCUUCACAGUUUUUGUGAGCAAUGCAUUGAAUUUCAUGCCGAACCAGAAUCAAGUGGAGAUAGGUCCAUCACUUGCCCCAGAUGUCAAGAGAGGACUAUUACCAGGGGUGCACAACAUACAGCCUGCCAUGACUGAUGAUGUUCUAAGUGCUACUGUGGCACCUGCCCCAUUGGCCACAGCUAUGGUCAGCCAGCUGCGACCUGUGUUGAGUGGUAUUGGAAGGCAUGCAUCUUCACUGCCAUUUGAUUCAAUCACUGCAAAUCUUCUUGACUGGGAAGCUGUGAAGAAGCAGACUGCCAGGUGCAGCCAAUGCACAGAUAAUGAACGGAAACCUGCAAGAGGGCGAUGCUCUGUCUGUAGUUGUCUGCUCUGCGAAGACUGCUUUACUGCUCAUCAAACUGAAGAAACUUUCAGGGGUCACCGUGUGGAACCUUUGCCACAAUAUUCUGAAUCAGUGGAGGGGAAACUCCCUUUCCAUAUUGCUGAAACUUGUCCUCUUCAUCCUAAUCAUCGUCUUUCCUUCUACUGCCUGGAAUGUGAGGUACCAGCAUGUGACCAGUGUCGAUAUUCUCCUCAUCCCUUUCACUUGCAUCGUGUGGAGCCUCUCAUCGAAGCUGAGAAAGAGCGACUUCAGAGAAUGAGACUAUUACAGAAUGAAUGUGAAAUGAAGGCUCAUGUCUGCCAAGAAAGUCAAUCUACUCUGGAGAAUUCUCUAACGGAGCUACAGUUCCAAAGGGAAAACACAAGAUCACACAUUGAUGAAGUUUAUCAGUCUUACCGGGCAAUCCUGGAAGAACAGAAAGAGAAGGCCCUUGCGGAAUUGGAGCAACUUGGAAGAGAGAAGGAACUCAGAAUCAUGGAAACACUGAAUCAGGUUGGGACCAUUCAAGAGAAAUUGGAAGAUGCCACAUCAUUCUCCAAACGAGUUUUGGAGAAUGGUUCAGGUCUUGAAGCUGUGAUCCUUCAACCAACUGUUUGUAUGGCUCUCACAAAACUCAGCAAUGACUUCCCUGCUGUUGAGAUUGACACCAGUUUGGACUUCAUUUCUGAUGUAGAUGGCUUUCGAGUUGCUGUCAAGGAAACAUUUGGUCACAUCCGGGGGGAGCGUGUUGCAACCCGGUUGAGUAAAGACAGUGCUGAAUCAAGCCUACCAUCAACUUCUUCACCUGCAAGUGAUGUGAUGGGAUUCUCACUUGGACUUGGUCUGCCACGUGAAGCUCUCACCCCUCUUCCCAAUCACUCUCCUCCAACUCUCAUCUCUGCUUCAAAAUAUGAGCAAGACUCCAUGCUCUCCAUGCCCUUCUCCGACCUGUCUCCCAAUGGCCGCAGUGAUUUUGUUCCUCAGCAAAUGGGCUAUUUGCAAUACAACCUUCAGAAACUUGCACUGUUGGAGCAGACAAGUACCAAUACCAGUACCAGUGGACAGGCUGCUGCACAUGUGCUCAGACAAGGAUCAGAGUUGAGGCCAAGACCUGGAUCAAGAGCAGAGCUUGAUCAAGAAACCAGUUUGAUUCCUGCACCACGUUCAAGACCAUUGGGAAGUGAUAUGCCCAAUGCAUUUGGUAACAUGGAUCUCAUUGAUGGAUCUAGUCAAACACAUGGGUUCAGUGCCUUUGGUGAUCUCUCCAGUCCUUUAUCAUCUGUGAUGAGUGAUGCAAACCUGGGGGCAGCCCUGUUUCAGAAAGGUGCUCUACCUCCACUGCCUCUUACAAGCAACGGCAUUCAUGCGACUCCACCCCCUACACCUUCAGUGGGGAAUUUCCCUUCCCCCAAUUCCAUGGCCCAUUACCCUGGGUCUCUUCAGGCAAGUGGGAGAAUCAACAAUGCCCCAGGACCUCCAUUGCAAUAUCGGCGUUCCUAUACUGGACAGAAGCCCAAAGUGACACAGAUUUGCUUCCGUUUUGGGGCCAUGGGUGCCUCUAGAGGAGAAUUUCAGAGUCCACAUGGAUUCUGCCUUGGGCCAGAAGAGGAAAUCAUCAUAGCUGAUACAAAUAAUCAUCGCAUUCAGGUGUUUGAGCCCCAGGGCGAGUUCCGCCUAAUGUUUGGUGAACCAGGAAGAGAUGAAGGGCAUUUAUGGUUCCCGCGCAAGGUUGCUUUUCUACCACAAAGUGGGAAGUUUGUUGUCUGUGACCGUGGAAGUGAGCGUUCACGAAUGCAACUCUUCAGUCGCACUGGCCAGUUCAUUAAGAAGAUCACCAUCAGGUACAUCAAUAUUGUGGCAGGCUUGACAGUGAACCAAGAUAAUGACAUAGUAGCUGUUGACAGUGUUCAUCCAGGAGUCUAUGUCAUCAAUGAGAAUGGUGAACUUAAGACUUGGUUUGAAUGCUCUCAAUACAUGAGAGAACCAUCAGAUAUUGCUGUUUACAGGGGACAGUUCUACAUUUGUGACUUCAAGGGACACUGCGUGAAUGUCUUCAGUCAGGAUGGCUCCUUUGUUCGCAAGAUUGGAAAUGAAGCCAUCACUACUUUCCCAAAUGGCAUUGACAUCUCUGAUGCUGGAGAUGUCCUCAUUGGUGACUCUCAUGGAAAUCGCUUCCACAUUUCCUGUUUCACUACUGAAGGAGCACUCAUUGCUGAAUAUGAGUGUCCAUAUGCCAAGGUAUCUCGCUGCUGUGGACUCAAACUUACCUCAGAAGGCUACAUUGUUACAGUAGCAAAGAACAAUCAUCAUGUUCUAAUCCUGAAUACUCUCCAUGUUUGAGCCCAUGACACGAAGAACACCAUGAAAGCAUUACCAGUUGGACAGGUUUUUUUGUCUUGUUUCUCACACCUUUCUGGGCUUUUUUUCCUUUACCUCUUUGUGUUGUUUCAGUGCAUACCGGUACUACUUCAUCCUGUUGUGGUUGGAUGGAUUCUUGUUUCUCAUUUUGAAAGACUUGCCAAAUGCUGUCUUGUCAUCUUAUUCAGAUAGGUCAUAGUCAAUUUGCAGCCAGU